AUGGCGAAUGUGCCGUCAUCACUCCUCACAAGCAAGUCCAACAGCACGCAGCACAGAUCAGGUGGCGCUCUACCUUCGCCUACCACGCCGUCAGCUUCGUCGCACGGGCACGCUGGCCCUUCAACCUCUUCUCUCGCUGCGGCACCAAUGACGGUCGGGCUCUCCGCGGCAGCUCUGCCGAAUGCCGGCGUGUCAAAUCCAUCUAACCUGGUUGCCGAGUUCUUGAAGUCGCCGGACGACCUCACCAAGAUCUCGGCGCUCCGCAAAAAGCUGCUCAAGGAGCAAUCGAGUUUGUCGGCCAAGCUCAAGCUGGGUGCUAAAGAGCAGCUCGAAGCUACAAGAGAUGGCUUGCUCAAACUGCAGGCGACGAGAAAGGACGUUGCAGCCAUCAGAGAAGCAUUCGCACAGGUCGAAGCGCUCUACACCAGCACAGAAGGCGACGAGGGCGCCAGAUCGAAUCAUCCCGACGCCAACCGCUCCUUCCGCAUCAUCAGCCAAGUAUCGCAAAUCCAUCGCAACUUUGUCCAGACCACGUCAACACUCGAAAAGCUCGAUGCGCUGCCAAGUCAGAUCCAGGAGCUAGCCGAGAUGCUGCAGCGAGGCCAAGACGACAUCAUGGGCCCAGCUACUAAUCUGCUCCCGCUUCACUUUCAUCUGUCCAAGUUGGAGGCUUUCCGCAAUGAGACGUUCCAGAUCGCUCGUACCUGCUCUGCGGAUGUGCGCAACACCGUCUCGGAGCUAUUUGCGCCGCUGGACGGCCUGAUUCGAGCGUUCGACGACUACAUCAUGGUAUUGGCCGAGAGGACGAUGGAUUUGGUGCGAGAGGGACGGCCGGCAGUGGUGGUCAAACUCAUCAAAAUUAUCGAGAAGGAAUCACGCGAGGAUGAGCGCGCCGCGGCCAUCCGCCUUGCCAAACGCGCCAAUCUCGAGGGCGCUGCUCGCUUUCGCUCCGUGGUGGCGAAUGCACGAGUGAUCAAACUGUACCGACCCAAAUUCGUCGAAGCCAUCGACCGGUCUACAGCAGAGCUGUUUGACGAGUGCUGGUCGCGAUUCGGUGCCGACGACACGAGCUUGGAGUUUUUGGGCCACCUGGACUGGAUUUACGACGAUAUGCGCUUCGUGCAGGCGGAACUGGCGCCGCUGUUUCCUCAAGACUACAACAUCGUGCGCACGUUUGUCAAGAGCUACCACAAGCAUCUGGGCAGCAUCCUGCGCGAACGCAUCUUGGCCAAAGACCCGGAAGCGAGCGCACUGCUGGAGUUGUACCAGUUUACGCAAGAAUACACCAAGACGAUGACCAAGGAGAUUGGCGCAGACAAGGCGUGGCUCGAGCCAACGCUGCUGGCGGGCAAGGAGCAGGGCAUCAUUGACGACUACCUUGGAUUGAUUACCAAGAAGAUCGACGAGUGGACGGCCAACCUGAUGUCGGACGAGGUGCGCGAGUUUGUGGCGCGGCAGAAUCCACCGGACGAGGACAACGAGGGCCAGUAUGGCUUGCAAGGUGCUGCGAUCCUGUUCCAGAUGGUCAAUCAGCAGGUCGACGUGGCCGCCGACUCGGGGCAAGCGAGUGUGUUGGCCAAGGUCGUGGACCAUGCAGCCAAAGCAAUGCACUCGACGCAAGCGACAUGGUUGCGCGUGCUUGAGAGCGAGUUCAAGAAGCAGCGAGAAGCCAAGACGCCAGAUGAUGUGGUGGGCGGUCUGGUCGAGUACGUGAUUGCGCUGGCGAACGACCAGCUCAAGUCGGCUGACUACGCCGAAGCGCUGAUUGCCAGGCUCGAGCCGAUGGUCAGCAAAAAGUAUCAGGCAGGCAUUCGCGAGUCGGUGGACAAUGCGCUCAACGGGUUUCUGGAUGUGUCGAAGCGAUGCACGCAGGUGUUGGUAGAUCUGGUCUUUGCGGAUCUGCAGCCGGCGAUCAAGGAUCUGUUCACUUUCCCCGUGUGGUAUUCGGAGGGCACCAUGACGAUGAUCAUCGAGACGAUGCGCGACUACACAUCGGACUACAGCGAGCGGCUCCAUCCAGAUCUUUUCGACGUUCUGUGCGACGACAUGAUCGACCGCUUCCUCGUUUCGUACAUAGGUGCGCUUCGACGGGUGGGCAACGGGAAGCUGCGCAUGCCAGCAGCAGGCGAGCAGAUGCGCAAAGAUCUGGACGAUGCAAAGACGCUGUUCCUUGCGUUCAAGAAGGAGGAGGAAGUUGGGGAGAAGUUCGAGGUGCUUGACGCGAUCCGAGGCAUGCUCACGUCCUCGGCCACAAUGGUGUUUUUGCCUUACUGGAGUUUUGCCAAGGCGCAUGGAGCGCAUCUGGGAUUCCUCGAGGCCAUAAUGAAAGCUCGCGACGAUCUCAAGAGGGACGAUGUCAACGGAUUGAUGGAGAGCGCAAGGCGCAAAGUCAAGAGCGAAGGGCUCAACGACCUGGUGCCCGAGACGGGUGGGCCUACGGUGAUGAGCAGGGUCGCGCAGGCGUACGGCACGAGCUUUGGUGGAGGCCUGCUCGCCAAUCUGGGUGGAGAGAGAGCGGCAGGAAUGGCCGCAAGUGCGACGCAGGCUUUAAAGUUGACAGGGUGGAAGAACAGAGACUAA